UUGGCCGUCUGUUGUGGAGCUAAAGGAAAAAAACAUGGCUUGGAAUGGUGCGGUUAUUGGGAACUGAUCGGAAAAUUAGACGAACAUCCAGAAUGCACCUCAACAGUAUCAACAACCACAGAAGAGCCUACAACUACAGCUAUUGAGAAUGCUGCUUUGGUACAGUGCACAGCGGAUCCGUUACGGUGUCCAUUAAGUGCCCAAAUAUGUGUUCAGUCUAACGGUGAAAAAUGCUGUCAAGCGGUAACUAAAGGCAUUCCUGUAUCAGAUAUUAACGCCAAAUCUGGUAGUUGUCCACAGCCGUUGGGUAUAGCCACAUCACAGGACACCACUGUUGGUUGUUGGCUGGACAGCGGUUGUCCGGGUAUCCAAAAAUGCUGCGUUGAGCCUAAUCCAAUAACCAAUUCGGCUACCAGAAUCUGCAGAGAUCCGAUUGGAAUCAGCAGUACGUCUGUCUGUAAUCUUCCAUUAGCUGUUGGAUCCUGCACAGCACCAUCAAUUCGAUAUUACUAUGAUUCAUCAACUGGUGAAUGCAAAUCAUUUCAGUAUUCCGGCUGCGGUGGUAAUGCUAACAAUUUUCAGUCAUAUUCCAGUUGCCAAUCCACUUGUUCAUCAUCAGGUAUAACCGGAACUCCGUUAUGUCCGUCGGAUGCAAAUGCUGGUCUAAAUUGCCUGUAUGCACAUGCCGAUGCCUGUAAUACGGAUUCAGAUUGUCUGGGACGGGAUAACACGGUUCAGCCAUCAUGUUGCCUAACCGCAUGCGGUUACAAGAUUUGUUAUCAAUACUAA